AUGGCGGAGACGUUGAGGCGAGUGCUGAUCGCGGGCUGCGCGGCCGGGCCCGCGGAAGAGAACGUGGCCGAGGCCGGGCCACCUUUGCUGCUGCUCGGCGGCCCAGGCUCCGGGAAGACAGCACUGCUGUUCGCGGCAGCCUUGGAGGUGGCGGGGGAGGGCCGAGGCCCCGUCCUUUUCCUUGCACGGAAACCUCUGCAAAGCCUGCCCCUUCGGACAGAGGCUGCGCUGGACCCCCUGCGGCUCCAGAAGAUCCGCUUCCAGUACCCACCCUCUACCCGGGAGCUUUUCCAGCUCCUAUGCUCUGCGCAUGAAGCCCAGUUGCCAGCCCCUGCCCUCCUGCUCCUCGACUCCUUGGAGGAGUACCUAUCAGAACACCAGGGGCCCCAUGAAGCUGCCCACCUGGCUGCCCUGCUUCUGGACACUGCUGCCCACUUCAGCCACCGGGCUGGGCCAGGGAGGGGCUGUGGACUCAUGGUAGCCCUCCAGGCCCAGGAGGAGGCAGACAGUGGAGACGCCCUGCAGCUGGCACUGCUCCACCGGUAUUUCCCUGCCUGCUGCUGGCUGCAGCGAGAUGCACCAGGUCCAGGACAGCGCUGCCUUCGGGCCUGCCUGGAGCCAGGCGGGCUGGGCCCCAGAACAGAGUGGUUGGUAGCUUUCCAACCAGAUGGAGAGAUGAUGAUCACCCCCUUGUCCACUGAGGUGGGUGAUCGUAGCUUCGAUAAGGGCACAAGCUCUGGAGGCCAGCCCUGAGCUUUGGUGUGUGACAACCUUCCUAUGCCUCAGUUGCCCAUUUAUAAGAUGGGGGUUGGAAUACUUACCUCAGGGACAUGUUGUGCAGAUUCAAAGACCUAAACAAUGCAAAGUGCCUUUUCUCUUUUAAAAAUAGUAUUAUCAUGUGUAUGUCAUGCCCAAUCCACAUAUUUAGUUUUGUUUGUCUUAAAUUUUAUAAAAAGGAUUUUGUAUUAAAUGUAAUCUGAAACUUCCUUCUUUUCCCACUCAAAAUUGUUACUAAGAUUUGGCCACGUUUUUUAUUUCAUUCGCUGCUAUGAACGUUCUCGCAUACGUCCUGGUGUAUGUGUGUGAGUUUUCAGGGUAUAUACCUAGAAGUGGAAUUGCUGGAGCAGAAGGUAUGUGUUCAGCUUUCCUAGCUUAUGCCAAACUGUUUUCAAAGUGGUUAAACCAGAACUCCCCAGAGCCACAUCCUCACCAACAGUUGGUGUCACCAGAAUGCUUUCUGAGAACAGGGCCUGAUUCAGAAGAAUAAGGCCCAUUGAAUUAUUAUUGUUAGUAUUUGUGGCAAAGACUAGCUAGAGGCUCACUAAAUAGCUUUCCUCUGUCUGGGCACAUAGCUAAACUACUUUUCCCAGCCUUCCGUGUUUCUGGCUGGCAUCAUGUGACUUUCUGUCCAAUGGAAUAUGAGAAGAUAUG